AUCCCCCCCGGCUAAAUGUGGAAAAAAUGACGCCAUCACCCGCCCCGCCGUGACGUCAGCGCGGCGGGGGCCGCCGAUUGGCCGCGGCCGGCCCGGCCUGGGGGCCCGCGCCCACCGCCCACUUUUAAAAGUGGCGGCGGCGCCGGGAACGGGACCGGGAGCGGGAAGGGACCGACCGAGAGCUCCGAACCCGGGACAGACCCGACCCCACACGGGACAGACCCGAACCCACCCGGGACAGACCCCAAACCCGCCCGACGCGACCGACCCGACCCCACCGGACCCACCGCGACCCCCCCGGGCCCCUCCGCGCCCCCCGGAAUGUCCAACGCGCACUUCAACCGCGGGCCGGCCUACGGGCUCUCGGCAGAGGUCAAGAACAAGCUGGCCCAGAAAUACGACCCCCAGCGGGAGCGGGAGCUGCGGGCGUGGAUCGAGGGCACGACGGGCCGGCGGAUCGGGGACAACUUCAUGGACGGGCUCAAGGACGGCGUCAUCCUCUGCGAGCUCAUCAACAAGCUGCAGCCGGGCUCGGUGCCCAAGAUCAACGAGCCCGUCCAGAACUGGCACAAGCUGGAGAACAUCGGGCACUUCCUGCGGGCCAUCACGCGCUACGGGGUGAAGCCCCACGACAUCUUCGAGGCCAACGACCUGUUCGAGAACACCAACCACACACAGGUCCAGUCCACCCUCAUCGCCCUGGCCAGCCAGGCCAAGACGAAGGGGAACAACGUGGGGCUGGGGGUGAAAUACGCCGAGAAGCAGCAGCGGCGCUUCCACCCCGAGAAGCUGCGCGAGGGCAGGAACAUCAUCGGGCUCCAGAUGGGCACCAACAAGUUCGCCAGCCAGCAGGGCAUGACGGCCUACGGGACACGGCGGCACCUCUACGACCCCAAGCUGGGCACGGACCAGCCCCUGGACCAGGCCACCAUCUCCCUGCAGAUGGGCACCAACAAGGGCGCCAGCCAGGCGGGGAUGACGGCGCCGGGCACGAAGCGCCAGAUCUUCGAGCCGUCGCUGGGCAUGGAGCGCUGCGACACGAUGACCAUCGGGCUGCAGAUGGGCAGCAACAAGGGCGCCUCGCAGACCGGCAUGACGGUCUACGGGCUCCCGCGCCAGGUCUACGACCCCAAGUACUGCGGGGGGCCCGAGCUCUUCGCCCACGACGGCUACGACGCCCACGACGGGCUCUACAACUCGCAGUAGCCGCGGCCGCCGCGGCAGCUUCGACCUCACCCCAGCCCAGCCCACCCCGCACCGCCCCGCACUCAGCACCGGCCGCACCGCGCCCCGCCCGACACCGGCACCGCCACCGGGG